AUGGUUAACAUUACACGUAAAUUGGGGUGGAAAGUAGGGGUACGCAAGUCAUUUGACAUAUAUACGAUAUAUUUUUCAUCAUAUAACAUUUUGUUCAAAUGUAUUUUGGUCAUUUUAUUAAAUAUCAUACCAAAGAAGAACAUAUUUCUUUUAAAACCUGAUAUAUACACAAAUAACUUUAACCGUAAAACCUUUCUCGCAGCUGGAGCUAGGCUUGGAGGCGUCAUCAUGCCACCAAGAGUAUGGAUGGGAACACUAGACCAUGAGCUUAGUACACAGGGGUUGAAUGAACAUGGAUACUUAAUUGUGUCUAAUCUUCUCCCAGGUUUAUGGAUUGCAGAUGUGUACACCGGAAACUGCGUUGUUUGUGAAGCUGUAUGUGGCGAGACCAAAACUAUUUUAUCUCUGUGGCAUUCGAAUCUCCAUUUGAUGGAGUGAUUCAACGACUUUUGGCCGAAUACUAUGAGCUUGACCUAUACCACCAUUCGGGGUGGUUUCAUCGUUGAUGAAACACCAGCUAUGUUGCAUGGAAACGGGAAACGGAAGCCGAGAAACGGAGAUACGGAGAAACUUCAAAUUUCAAAAUUGUAAAAUACGGGGAAACGACUUAAAUAUAUAAAUAGCUAGCUUAGGACUCGUAUA